AAGGAUGCCGACACAAUAGCGAGAAGCUGGAAAUUCUCGGUACCUGGAGAUCGGGAUCAGUUUGCGGCAAAAAUUCGCCGCUUACCAUCCGUAGGUGUACGAUGUGAUGAUGAUGGAGCACUGGCUUCGUUCACGGUGCUGGAUGCUGCUGGAUUCUUCAACAAUCAGUUCACUUUUGUGGAGCAUCGCCAACGUGGAUUGGCCGACAGAAGCGAGCUCAGACUGUGUCAAAAAGUUUGCUUUAACUUCUUUUGUGCCCAAAUUUGA